UCAGGUAUUGGUCAUGUGUUUAAUUCAUCAAUGUAUUGUAGGUUCGUAGUGAAUUGUUCCUGUCAGGGAAUUGUAAUUUUUUAUGCCCUUUUUUCGCAGAUGAUGUGGGCUUAUGGUCGCUUGGUGCUAGUGGUGGUGGUUCUGGUAGCUAUGGCCACAGCCGAACCUGAAGCGAAGGCUGAUCCCAAGGCUGAGGCAAAGGCUGAUCCCAAGGCCGAGGCAAAGGCUGAUCCCAAGGCUGAUCCCAAGGCCGAUCCCAAGGCUGAAGCUUUACCCGAAGCCUCGCCAGAGGCCGUAGCGGAAGCUAAGGCUGAGGCGGACCCUGGCUACCCAGCUCCCUGCUACCCUGAGACCAAGUAUAUCCAGGCUUACAAGACUCAAGUGGCUCAUUAUCCAGUGUACGAGACGGUGUACAAUAAGCAGAUCGUUCCCACUACCCUCUACAAGACAAACUACCAGACUUUGUACCAGACCAAGUACCAGACGCAGUACGUGCCCAAGUAUGUCACCGAAGUAGUCUAUAAGACCCAAGUUAAUUACGUCACUAAGUACCAGACCAACUACCAAACUCAGUACCAUACACAGUACGUCACUGUUCCUCAGUAUGUCCCCACGUACGUCACUGACACCCACUACCAGACUAAGUACCACACCCAGGUACAGUACCAGACCUUUUACAAGACCGAGUACACACCCCAGUACGUAACCAAAACCAAAGUACAGUACCAGACCCAGUACCACACUCAAGCAGUUCCCCAAUACGUGACUGUCGUCCAGGAACUAGUCGGCUACAAGACAGUUUGUCCCAAACCAGUCUACGGGUACCACUAAAACCUCAUAAGGACCGUGUUUUAAGCUCUCAAGAUCUACAGACUUCUCUCUUCCCACUAACUACAGACUAACACGUAUUGCUCGAUCAUUAACGUUACCACACAGAAGACAAUUUUCCUUCAUUAAGCCUACAGUCCUCCAACCGGACCUAUUAUACUGGCCCACUACGGUACAAAGAUGGAAGUCAAAAUGCACCAAUAGGUUCGAAAGGUUCUACUGGCUUGGGUGCGAGUCUUUGAGAACCAUGGUUCUCGGAUGUUGAAAGAUGAGGUAGAGAGCGAACCAAGAAGUCUCGUUGCCCGUACGUCUGUCUAAUCUCCUGCCUCGCCGCCCUGGGUUACGUACGUCUGUCUUAUCUCCUGCCUCGCCGCCCUGGGUUACGUACGUCUGUCUAAUCUCCUGCCUCGCCGCCCUGGGUUACGGAAAUUUGUCUUACAUUGUAUAGUUCCUUGGAGUUCCUGUGCAUUCCUGAGGCUAAAUUGAUUGUUUGGUUAAUCGGGCUUAAAGCUCAUCGAUUUAAAGCUCAUUGAACAAGUCAUUAAGGCUAUAAAUAACCUCUUCACCACCA